AUGGCGCCCAUCGCUACGUCCCACGCUUCAUCUUCAUCGACGCACAAACGCACCAGCGUCGCGCACCACGAAUACCUCGACCGUGCGAGUCUGCUCAAUCCUCCGUCACCGCAAUCAGCCUCCCCGCCAACAUCAGCAUCGCAUCUUCACACCAGACAGCCAUAUCCCAAAGCAUUGCGCAUCUCGCCAGACCCGCCCACCCUCCUCGCCUUCGCAUCGUCCUUUCAGACGCUGCUCGACUCGCAAGCGCCCGUCUCAUCCACCCACUCUGCCUACUCCGAGCUCCUCUCCGUGUCCACCUCAACCUACCCACCCUCCACACUACCGAUCACGGCGCUGGUCGACCUAGUCAACUCGAACGUCACUCCGUCCACCUCCUCCAGCAAAUCGUCCAUCUCGACGCUUCCCGACAUGGUUGCCGGCACCGUCACCACUCCCGGCCUAGACCUGUUGGGGAUCCUUGCGGAAGAAGUUGACUGGGAUCCUCAACAGAAAGGUUCACCUGCCGACCAACUCUCCAUGCUCGGCCACGUUCAAUCGCAUCAUCAGACGAAACAGCGUCUGUGGGCAGGCCACAUCUUUGACUCGCUCGGCCUGACGAGUCGUAGGAACAGCUUUGCGACGCUCAACGCGCCGCUCAAGCCGAUUUCCCCGCAAAAGGAGCUGAAGGGUUGCAAGUUGGAGGCGGAGGAUCCGCUCAACACCAUGAUUUUGACCAAGAGGACAGCGCUCUUCUACGAGAACAUCUACGAGCAGUUGUGUCCGGGGAUUGUGCCGAGGGCGUACGUCUACCCGCGGCUGGGACGGAAGGAGCACGAUCACGAUGCGCAAUUCGCCGCUCUCGCGCUGUCGCUCUCUCUGCUCGGCAGCAUGGGGCUCAUCCUCCCCAAGCCAGCAUCUCGCUCUCGCAAGGAUAGCAACAGAGAGAGCGAAAAUGAGGCGUUUGUCAUGCCACAAAUAUCGGAACGAAGCUCGAAGGCACAGCCAAACAGUCACGCCAUGGCGUUGAUAGAAAAGAUCCUGCAGGUGCGCCAAGGAGGUGGGGCAGGCGUGAACUUCGGUCAAGCACCGACGACCGAGGGCGUUCUGACGAGCUUCUUCCUCUCCUUGGCGCUGUACAACCUCGAUGACGCGACAAGGGGUGCUGACUGGAAAGACGCGAGCUUCUUCCGAUUCUGCGAGGCCGUGACGCUGGCGAAAAUUUUGGGGCUAGACCGGGCGCACUCUGGAGAAGAAGGCAAGGUGCGAGGGCUGUUGGUGCGGGCGGAGCGGUGGUGGGCCAGCCAGCGAGAUGGGUAUGUGUGUCAGAUGGACGAGGUCCAGCCCUCGCGAAAGAGGUGCACAUCGUCGUCCGAUGCCAUCCCAUCGAAGCGACCCCGCUCAUCGCCUUCCGAGCCACUCGCCUUCAUCGCCAAGCUCGGCUUCCCGAGCAUCCGCGCAGACCUCCUCUACCGCUUCUCCAACCUGGUCACUUGCUUCGACUCCCUCUGCGUGCCGUCCAGCUGUCCCAAGCUGACGGCCACCGCAGCCAUUGCGCUGCACGACUCGCUCGCCACACUGCAGCUCGACCCCUCAGCAGAUCCGAUCCUGAUCGAUCUCACGCGUCAAACUCUGCGCGCGCAGCUGUGGACCGCCUGUCUCGCCCACAAUCUCGUCUCGCCGCACGCACAGGCACCUCUGCGACCCGACCAGCCAUUGCACAUCGCACUCGACACGCUUGAUCUGCUCGAGGAUCUGGAACUGCUCCGGGUCCACCUGCCGACGGAUCAGGCGCAAGCGAUUCAGGAGGCCGUUGCGACCAUUCGAGGCUGCGUCUCGAGGCUGCCAAAUGGGUUAUUUGCAGCGGAGCAGUUCUCGUUCGAGCAGAUGGAAGGUGAUGAUGGAGAGGAGACAGCGAAGGAGAGCGCGACAACUAUCGGUCGUGCAGCGUUGGGAGUGAUCGAGAACCUGGAUCGCUUCUUGAACGGUGGUGCGCGCUAG